AUGGCGCCCUCUGCGGUGGAAAUAGACAAUCAGUCUCCGCCUGGAGACUCUCUGGGUUUUCUGCGCGAAAAUGCCAAUGCCUUGAAAACCACAGCGAAUGGAGCCACUACCACUCAAUCCGCCGAACCCGCGGUCCAACCCGUCUCGACAAGGACAACACCUCAUGAAGAAUAUCAAUACCUCGAUCUAAUCCGAGAUAUUCUGUCCCGUGGCGAACAUCGACCAGACCGAACAGGAACGGGCACGGUCUCACUCUUUGCUCCUCCUCAGCUCCGUUUCAGCCUCUCACAACCCGAUCCUGCUUCACCAACCACCGAUAGAAUACCCAUCCUCCCUCUCCUCACCACUAAACGCGUCUUUCUACGUGCCGUUACCACCGAGUUGUUGUGGUUUAUAUCAGGGUGCACAACAUCAAGACCUCUCUCAGAAGCAGGCAUCCAUAUCUGGGACGGCAAUGGCUCGCGUGAAUUCCUCGAUAAAUUGGGAUUCGUCGAUCGUGAGGAAGGCGAUCUCGGCCCCGUGUAUGGAUUUCAGUGGCGCCAUUUCGGAGCAGAAUACAAGGACUGCCAUGCAGAUUACACGGGCAAAGGAGUGGACCAGAUCAAAGAGGUGGUGCGAAAACUGAAGACCAACCCAUACGACCGACGGAUCAUUCUAAGUGCAUGGAAUGUAGCAGACCUGUCUAAAAUGGCACUGCCGCCUUGCCACAUGUUUGCGCAGUUUUAUGUCAGUUACCCUGAUGCGCCACGAGGCGAGGCAGCUCUCAAGGCACCAAUCACCGGGUUGGAGGCCGAUGGAGAAAAGCAGAAAGCAAAGGGACAUCUCUCUUGUGUCCUGUACCAGCGAUCCUGCGACAUGGGACUCGGAGUGCCCUUCAACAUCGCCUCCUACGCGCUCCUGACGCAUAUGCUGGCUCACGCAUGCGAUCUUGUGCCGGGAGAGCUGAUCCACACCAUGGGCGAUGCGCAUGUGUAUCUUGAUCACAUCGACGCCUUGAGAGAGCAAUUACUGCGUGAGCCACGAGAAUUCCCGACCCUGAGCAUCAAGCGGGCCGAUAGGGGGAGCGGCGAAAUGGACGGCUGGAAAGUCGAAGAGUUGGAAGUUGUGGGCUACAAACCACACGGCGGAAUCAAGAUGAAGAUGAGUGUAUGA